CCGUCAGCCAAGAUGAAAUUCGGACACCGAACCCUACUGCUUCUGGCAAUGGCCUGCUUCGCUCAUGGAUGGUUCUUGAAGCCGCUGAAGCUGGAGAAGCUCGAGAAGUUGCUGGAGGAGAAGGAGGACAAGGAGGAGGACAAGCUGGAAUGGUUCGAGGGGAAGAAGCACAAGGAGCUGCUCAAGAAACUGGACUUUCUGAAUUUGUUCGCCGAGAAGGAGGAGGCCAAGCUGGAGAAGAAGGAGGGAGAGUGGGAGAAGUUCAAGCAGUGGUGGGACGAGAAGAAACAAAAGGAACUGGCUUUCUUCGAGGGCAAAAAGGAGAAGGAGUUGGCCUUCUUCGAGGACAAAAAGGACAAGGAGUUGGAUAUACUGGACAAGAAACUGAAGAAGAAGACCAAGUCCAAGAAGAAGACUACAGUAAAGCCCUGUUAUCAGACCUACGGCGAGGAAGCCACAUAUGAGAAGGAGGCGUCCCAGGAGGAGUCCCAAGAGGAGUCCGAGGAGCAGGAGGAGACUGCCACUGAGAAGUCGUACCAGAACAGUCGGUAUCCAAAGCCCACAUACUACGACCUCCGCGAGGAGGAGUCAGAUGACGGAGUUCGCUACUUCACCUGAAAGCUUUAAUGAACGGACUGCUGCUUAUUUAUUUAUUACCUUUUUCUUUCUUUUUUU